AUGUCACGUUUUGGAAUCUGGCUUAUACGGAUCAGCAUUAUCCUCGCUAUACUUUUAUUUACGAUUUUUCUCAUUCCCUUCAUUUACCGACAAAAGCAGGAAGCUGCUAUUUCUAAGCAGGUGGAUCUGGACCGCAUCCCUGCACAAAAAAAUUCUGCUGUGUACGAUGAAUUGGCUACACCAGCGAGCAAGCUUCAUAAAGCAACUGCGUUGGAGAAUCCAAAAACUGACAGCACGGAACUGUCGCCGGAAGAGAGCGCUGCACUGUUGCAGGUGGGUGGAGAAAAUGCAUCUGAAAUCAGUGGUAUCCCGGAACCUAUCAGCAAUGGUUCCGAAGUAAAAUUCGAACCGGAACUGAAAACAGAAUUGGCCACCAGGGCUCCAACAAAUGACUCAGAUCUGGAAAUCACCGCAGUUCUGGAAAAUUUUCACAGUAGGACGAGUUUUGUUGUUUUGCCUACUUUUUCAACAACCGCCUCAAAAAAUCGCCUCAAACAUCAAGGGUCCAGACAAAAGACAACCAUUCCAACUCCGAUUCCAGUUUUUUUCCUUGAAGCUUUUAAAAAUGAUAAUUUACAAACAGCUCAAGAGUAUUCGCAGGAUACUUCAAAUUUUUCUACUUCAUCUAAAAGCCCUGUGAUCGUAAACCGAACUUCUGUGAAAGCAUCAGCUGCUGAUGAUAACAUCAUCAAAUCCGUUGCCUCAAAUGAAUUAAAAGUUGGCGAGAAACUUGAAGCAUCGAAAAAGCCGAACAGAUCGUCUGCAUUAUGGGAACUUCACACAACGGCAUCGGUGGGAAAACUGACCGAUGCAAGGAAUGAGAUGUCGAGAAGCAGUCAUGAGGAAGUUGGUCGGCAAACUGAGAAACAUCGAAGUACUUGGAGGACUUCGCAUGCAAAAAUACUUGAAGUGUCAAAAAAGUAUUCACUAAAGGAUCGUCCAAGCGGAUUAAAACCAGGGGAAAUUCAUAUAACGAUGGAAGGAAUAAUGUCAUCGAAUUAUGAAACGUACUCUACUUCAUCAACGUCGAUUCCGGAAAUGACUAUAGUACCGAAAUUCUCCAAAACUACUGCUAUGCUUGGUGCUGAUGCCGAAAUAGUAAAAAUGGCUGCAGACUUUGAAAAAAUGGACGAAUAUUCAAAAACAGCAAGGAUUUCACUUACGAAUAUCGCUACACUAGAAACUACAAAAAUGACUAAAACAGCACGACUUUUGGAAAAUUUAGGAGGUAAAAAUGAAAAUGCCGACUCGGAUAUUACAGUUCCACCAAAGCCUUCUGGAGUACACCGUACUGAACCUCAAAUUCCAAAUUUACAAGCAACAUUAACUACAACGCAAUUUUCACCCUCUUCAGUAGCAACGGAGAAAACAACCAUGCCAACAAUAACACCAUCGCCACCAUCAUCAACAACAGCAACAACGAUGAGAGUUAGUGUUUUACCGACAACUGCCAAAAUAAGAACACAGUCAGUACCAAAUGUAUCUCACGUAGUAACGUUUCCCACUGAUGAUAGCAAUCGAGCAGAGUUCGGUGCAAAAAGGGCGGGUAGCUGCGGCGAACAAGAUGUUAAUCUCUAUUAUAAGUAA